CUCCUCGCACCUGCGUGCUUUCAUUCAGACGGAUAAGUUGUGCUCUGUCUUCCAGUGACGAUGAUUUGCCUGUUUCUGACCAUCAUAUCCUACAUUUUUCAGUCAGCCUGGUAGUGUGGAAAAGCUGCUGCAAGUGGAGCACCGCAAUGAGGCCGAAAAAGAGGUCACAGCUCGACCUGCAGGAGGUGGAGAGGUUGGCGCAGAAACACGCAAAGAUCGAUGAAUUCGGUUGGACCGGAGUGAAUGAGCGCACCUUCAUCGCCGUGAAACCGGACGGCGUGCAGCGGAAGCUGGUGGGGGAGAUCGUGCGUCGCUUUGAGAAGAAAGGAUUUAAGCUGGUGGGCCUCAAACUUGUGCGGGCAUCAGAGGACAUUCUUAGGGAACACUACUGGGAUCUGAGGACUAAGCCCUUCUACAACAGACUAAUAAGCUACAUGAGCUCAGGACCAGUUGUUGCAAUGGUCUGGCAGGGCUUGGAGGUGGUCAAGACUGCACGCAAGAUGUUGGGAGAGACCAACCCUGCUGAGUCACUGCCAGGAACCAUACGAGGAGAUUUCUGUGUGGAAGUGGGCAAGAACGUAAUCCACGGCAGUGACUCGGUGGAGAGCGCACAGAGGGAAAUCUCUCUGUGGUUCGGUCCGAAGGAACUUCACCGCUGGAAGAGCAGCAGCAGCCAGUGGAUCUACUGACACACGCUGUGUAGAAACCAUUCCCUGGCUUUAAAUAAGAGCAAUAUCGUUGAAGUGGUGAUCACACCUCAGAUAAAUUUGACUUUAGUGCUUUUUGUAGCUAAACAGUAGUAGAAAGCCUAAUUCUGCCUUUCUGCACUACACUAUUUAAUAGAGUUAGGUUCAAAGUAAAAUCAAUCAAAAAAAUUUAGCCUUUUCUAAGUUUAAAUUACUACAUUUGCUAAAAAAAUUUUUUAAACAAAUUUGUUUUUAGAAUAGAAAUUUGUCAAAUAAAUCCAAUUCAGUGGUUUGGCAGCAGUACUAUUGAUUUAUAGACUGAACAAUGACUCUUAGAAACCUUUAAAGUCUCCCUUUAAGCAUAUCCAACAUGAUAAAUGCCUUUUUACUUUCUUGAAUGUUUCUCAUUUUUUACAUUGAAGUACUUUAAUGUAAAAUUUCCAGCUUUUCUAAAGCCUUAGAGCUUAUAGUAGUUUGUAAUUUAAUGUGGAAAGGUUUGCUUUUACCAAAAAUGUACCUUUUGAAUUGAAAUGGAGAGAAUAACCUCUCAGAAACACAAUAAAACAAAGCUUUUGUCUGUUU